ACUCAUAGUCUCUUCAGUCAGUUCAGUUCAGUUCAGCUUCUAAAACCCUAAUCAAAUUUUAAAACGUACUUUCCUUUCAUCUGGAUUGCUAUAUGCAUCACCUACUCUCCAUUUCCGUUGCCGGAGCUUGAAGUUUUUACUCGGAUCCAUAAUCCGGACCUCCCCGUUUCAAAUGGCGGAUUCCCUCAUUUCCAUCGCCGCUUCCGUCUCCACUCCAUCCACCAAGAAACGGGUCCGGAUCUUCCGCGAUGAUAUCCCUUCGAUUCUCAACAAUUCAGAGAUGUCUCCUGAGCUUGUGUCAUUGUUGGUAGAUAUAAUUUUUAAAACAUUGGCUAUAUAUGGGGAUCUUAGAUCAAGGAAAGCAGUUGAUGAUGUGAUCGCAAAAGCUUUAGGUGAAAUCACAUUCAUGAAAAGUUUUGCUGCAACCCUUGUUCAGACCAUGGAAAGGCAGUCAAAGUUCCAUUCCCAUGUGGGCUGCUACAGACUUCUCAAGUGGUCAUGUCUUCUGUUAAGCAAGAGUCAGUUUGCUGCAGUUUCAAAGAAUGCAGUGUGCAGGGUUUCUGCAGUCCAGGCAUCUCUGCUUCAUAUUGUUAUUCAGAGAUCUUUUCGGGAGAAAAGGGCUUGCAAUAAAUUAUUUUUUCAUUUAUUUUCACAGUCACCGGACAUAUACAAAAUCUACAUGGAUGACUUAAAGGAUUUACGGAUUCCCUACAAGGAUAGUCCAGAAUUAAUGUCGCUGUUGCUGGAGUUUUCAAUUGCAUCACCUUCUUUUGAACAAUUUAAGCCAAUUUUUCUUGAUUUAUAUGUUAAGGCAGUUUUAAAUGCCAAAGAAAAGCCUCCAGCAGGGCUUAGUGAAUCUUUCCGUCCACUUUUUAUGCAUUUGUUGCAUGAAGAUUUUCAAAAUAUUGUGGUUCCAUCUUCAGUAAAAAUGUUAAAGCGCAACCCUGAGAUUGUGUUGGAAUCAGUGGGAAUUCUUUUGAAAUUAGUUGAACUUGAUUUGAGCAAGUAUGCGAGUGAACUUCUUUCUGUAGUAUUGUCACAGGCUCGACACACAGAUGAAAGUAGAAGACUUGGGGCAUUGGCUGUAGUUCGUUCUUUGAGCCAAAAGUCGAGUAACCCUGAUGCUUUAGAGGCAAUGUUUGGUGUUGUUAAAGCUGUAAUUGGAGGCUCAGAGGGAAGACUUCAGUUUCCUUACCAGAGAAUUGGCAUGUUCAAUGCUCUUCAAGAGUUGUCAUAUGCUCCUGAAGGAAAAUAUUUAAGCAGUCUGUCAUGUAAAAUAUGUGGGUUCCUUUUGUCUUGCUACAAAGAUGAGGGAAAUGAAGAAGUAAAGCUUGCAAUUUUGUGUGCUAUUUCUUCUUGGGCAGCACGAUCUGCCGAUGCUGUUCAGACAGAUAUGGUUUCUUUUAUUGCUUCUGGUCUUAAGGAGAAGGAAAUUUUGAGAAGGGGGCAUCUUCGUUGUCUACGGGUCAUAUGCAAAAAUGCUGAUGCUGUUUUGCAGAUAUCCUCUUUGCUUGGGCCUCUCAUACAAUUAGUCAAAACUGGUUUCACUAAGGCAGUUCAGCGCCUGGAUGGUGUAUAUGCUUUGCUUAUUGCUGCAAAGAUUGCAUCUGCUGACAUCAAAGCAGAGGAGACUAUGGCAAAGGAAAAGAUCUGGUCUCUGAUUUCUCAAAAUGAACCUUCACUUGUACAAACUUCUGUGGCUUCAAAAUUGUCUACUGAAGAUUGUUUGGCAUGUGUUGACCUUCUUGAAGUGCUCCUAGUGGAACAUUCACGCAGAGUUUUGGAAGUUUUUUCAAUGAAAUUGCUGUUACAGUUAAUGGUCUUCUUAAUAUGCCAUCCAAGUUGGGAGAUUCGAAAAGUGUCACAUGAUGCUAUCAAAAGGAUAAUUACUUCUGUCCCACAAUUAUCUGAAGCACUUUUAACUGAGUUCACUAGUUUUCUUUCAGUAGUUAGAGAGAGACUGUCUGUUUCAAAAACAAGUGACACAGAUAAUUCAUUGGACACUCAAGUUUCUUUUCUUCCAUCGGUUGAAGUAUUAGUGAAGGCUUUAAUUGUGAUAUCGUCUGCAACUCUUGCUACUUCUCCAAGUAUUUCUGCUCAAAUAAUAUUCUGCUCGCAUCAUCCAUGCAUAGUGGGCACAGCAAAAAGAGAUGCAGUUUGGAGGAGGGUCCGAAAAUGUUUACAAACACUUGGGUUUGAUGUCUUUUGCAUUAUUUCUGCAGAGGUUGAGAAUUUGUGCAAGGUUCUGCUUGGACCAAUGGGGUUGAUGAGUUUGAAUGUCUUGGAACAAGAAGCAGCAAUAAAUUCUCUAACCACACUGAUGUCAAUUGCACCUAGAGAGAUUUAUAUGGAGUUUGAAAAGCACUUAAGAAAUCUUGAAGAUCGUUAUUCACAUGAUAUGCUUUCAGAAAGUGAUAUUCAGAUUUUUCAUACUCCUGAAGGAGUUCUUUCCAGCGAACAAGGUGUAUAUGUUGCAGAAUCUGUUGCUACUAGGAAUACAAAACAAGCAAAGGGUCGUUUCCGGAUGUACGAGGACCAAGAUGGCAUGGAUCAUAUCAGUUCUAAUCAUUCUGUCAAGAGAGAACCAGCGGGUAGAGAAGCUGCUGGUCCGGGGAAAAAGGAUACUGGAAAAUUAGUGAAGAAAGCUGACAAAGGAAAGACUGCAAAAGAAGAGGCACGUGAGUUAUUGCUAAAAGAGGAGGCUUCAAUACGUGAGAAGGUCCGAGGUAUACAGCAUAAUCUGUCUUUGGUGCUGAGGACACUUGGGGAAAUUGCCAUAGCUAAUCCUAUAUUUGCUCACAGUCAACUGCCUUCCCUGGUUAAGUUUGUUGAUCCUUUGCUGCGGUCCCCUAUAGUAAGUGAUGUGGCUUAUGAAACCUUGGUGAAACUUGCUGGAUGUACAGCUCCACCGCUUUGUAAUUGGGCCCUUGAUAUUGCUACUGCUCUACGGCUUAUUGUCACUGAGGAUGUCAGUGUUCUGCUAGAUCUAAUUCUGGCAGUUGGUGAAGCGGAAGCCAAUGAAAGACCAUCCCUGGGACUUUUUGAAAGAAUAAUUAAUGGAUUAUCAAUCUCUUGUAAAUCUGAACCUCUUCCUGUAGAUUCCUUCACUUUUGUCUUUCCAAUAAUGGAGCGUAUUCUUUUAACUCCAAAGAAGACUGCACUUCAUGAUGAUGUGCUUCGGAUUCUCUAUUUGCAUAUGGAUCCCCAAUUACCCCUCCCAAGACUUAGAAUGCUAUCAGCUCUUUAUCAUGUUCUAGGUGUUGUUCCUGCUUACCAAGCACCCGUUGGAGCAGCCUUGAAUGAAUUGUGCCUUGGUCUGCAGUCAGAUGAAGUUGCAUCUGCUCUGUAUGGUGUGUAUGCAAAAGACGUCCAUGUGAGAAUGGCAUGCUUAAAUGCCAUAAAAUGCAUUCCUGCUGUUUCUAGUCAUUCUCUUCCUGAGAAUGUUGAGGUUGCAACCAGCAUUUGGAUUGCGUUACAUGAUCCAGAAAAGUCAAUUGCUGAAGCGGCAGAGGAUAUCUGGGAUCGCUAUGGACAUGAAUUUGGGACUGACUAUUCUGGACUUUUCAAAGCACUUUGUCAUAGCAACUAUAAUGUUCGUAUGGCUGCUGCAGAGGCAUUGGCUGCUGCUUUGGACGAAAACCCUGAUUCUAUACAGGAAUCGCUUUCAACUUUAUUUUCCUUAUAUAUUCGAGAUUCUGCUUUUGGUGAGGACAAUAUUGAUGCUGGGUGGAUAGGCAGACAAGGAUUAGCUUUGGCUUUACAUUCUGCUGCUGAUGUUCUGAGAACAAAAGACCUUCCUGUUGUCAUGACAUUCCUCAUAUCACGAGCGUUGGCUGAUCCUAAUGCAGAUGUUCGGGGAAGAAUGAUCAAUGCUGGAAUAAUGAUUAUUGAUAAGCAUGGGAAAGAAAAUGUUUCCUUGUUAUUUCCAAUCUUUGAGAAUUACUUGAACAAAAAGGCAUCAGAUGAGGAAAAGUAUGAUUUGGUUCGUGAGGGUGUAGUUAUUUUUACCGGAGCUUUGGCUAAACAUUUGGAAAAGGAUGAUCCAAAAGUUCAUACUGUAGUUGAGAAGUUGUUGGAUGUGUUGAACACUCCGUCAGAAGCUGUUCAGCGGGCAGUGUCAACGUGCCUGUCUCCACUCAUGCAAUCAAAGCAAGAUGAUGCAGCUGCACUUUUUUCUAGACUGCUGGAUCAGCUGAUGAAGAGCGACAAAUAUGGUGAACGUCGUGGAGCAGCUUUUGGACUUGCUGGGGUGGUAAAGGGAUUUGGAAUAUCUUGCCUAAAGAAAUACGGGAUUAUUGCAGCCUUAAGAGAAGGCUUUGUUGAUAGGAAUUCUGCAAAAUCUCGUGAAGGAGCUCUUCUGGCUUUUGAGUGCUUUUGUGAAAAGCUGGGGAAACUGUUUGAACCGUAUGUGAUUCAGAUGUUACCACUACUUCUGGUUUCUUUCUCUGAUCAAGUUGUUGCUGUUCGUGAAGCUGCUGAAUGUGCUGCUCGUGCAAUGAUGUCUCAACUCAGUGCACAGGGGGUUAAGCUUGUCCUUCCUUCACUGCUAAAGGGUCUUGAGGAUAAAGCCUGGCGGACAAAGCAAAGCAGCGUACAGCUUCUUGGUGCUAUGGCUUACUGUGCUCCUCAACAGUUGUCUCAGUGCCUCCCCAAAGUUGUUCCGAAACUGACAGAGGUAUUAACUGAUACUCAUCCCAAAGUCCAGUCAGCCGGGCAAACAGCGCUUCAGCAGGUAGGGAGUGUGAUAAAGAAUCCAGAAAUAGCUUCCCUUGUCCCUACUCUGCUCAUGGGCCUUACAGACCCAAAUGAUCAUACCAAGUAUUCCCUUGACAUUCUCCUCCAGACAACUUUUGUUAAUUCCAUUGAUGCCCCUUCUCUUGCACUGUUGGUACCAAUAGUUCAUAGAGGGCUAAGGGAGCGGAGUGCUGAAACUAAAAAGAAAGCUGCACAAAUUGUUGGAAAUAUGUGUUCAUUAGUUACAGAACCGAAGGAUAUGAUUCCUUACAUUGGGUUGCUUCUUCCUGAAGUUAAAAAGGUUCUUGUGGAUCCAAUCCCUGAAGUUAGGUCUGUUGCAGCACGGGCAAUUGGGUCGCUUAUAAGAGGAAUGGGAGAAGAAAACUUCCCAGAUCUUGUCCCAUGGCUUUUUGAUACGCUAAAAUCUGAUAAUAGUAAUGUUGAGCGCUCCGGAGCUGCUCAAGGGUUGAGUGAGGUAUUAGCUGCACUAGGAACGGAAUACUUUGAACAUGUACUACCUGAUAUUAUACGGAAUUGUUCUCAUCAAAGGGCAUCUGUACGUGAUGGAUAUUUGACACUUUUCAAGUAUUUGCCAAGGUCACUAGGUGUUCAAUUCCAGAACUAUUUGCAGCAGGUGCUGCCUGCUAUCUUAGAUGGUCUUUCUGAUGAGAAUGAAUCUGUGCGUGAUGCGGCAUUAGGAGCUGGUCAUGUCCUUGUUGAGCAUUAUGCAACAACGGCCUUGCCUCUUCUUCUUCCAGCAGUCGAAGAUGGUAUAUUUAAUGAUAAUUGGCGUAUCCGGCAAAGCUCCGUGGAAUUAUUAGGAGACCUCUUGUUUAAGGUUGCUGGAACUUCUGGAAAAGCUUUACUUGAGGGUGGUAGUGAUGAUGAAGGUGCUAGUACUGAAGCACAUGGACGUGCGAUUAUUGAGGUUUUAGGAAGAGAGAAACGUAAUGAAGUUCUUGCUGCAUUAUAUAUGGUUAGAACGGAUGUGAGCUUGUCCGUGCGUCAGGCUGCGUUACAUGUAUGGAAAACUAUUGUGGCAAAUACUCCGAAGACUCUAAAGGAAAUCAUGCCAGUUUUGAUGAAUACAUUAAUAUCCUCUUUGGCAUCAUCAUCAUCUGAAAGGCGCCAGGUUGCUGGACGAGCAUUGGGUGAACUUGUGCGGAAGCUUGGUGAGAGAGUACUUCCUUUGAUUAUCCCAAUCUUAUCCCGGGGGCUGAAGGAUCCUGAUGCUAGCAGAAGACAAGGUGUAUGCAUUGGUCUGAGUGAGGUAAUGGCAAGUGCUGGAAGGAGUCAGCUAUUGAAUUUUAUGGAUGAGCUCAUCCCCACUAUUAGGACUGCCCUUUGCGAUAGCAUGCCUGAGGUUCGUGAGUCUGCAGGCUUAGCAUUCAGCACUCUGUACAAGAGUGCUGGAAUGCAAGCAAUUGAUGAAAUCGUUCCAACUCUUCUGCAUGCUCUGGAGGAUGAUGAAACCUCUGAUACUGCUCUCGAUGGCCUCAAACAAAUUUUAAGUGUCAGGACUGCGGCCGUAUUACCUCAUAUUCUGCCCAAGCUUGUUCACCUUCCCCUCUCUGCCUUCAACGCACAUGCUCUGGGAGCAUUAGCAGAGGUUGCUGGACCAGGGCUUAAUGUCCAUCUUGGUACCAUUCUCCCUGCCUUACUCUCCGCAAUGGAUGAUGAGGACAAGGAAGUUCAAACUCUGGCAAAGGAGGCUGCAGAAACAGUGGUCUUGGUCAUAGAUGAAGAAGGUGUCGAGUACUUGAUAACUGAACUUCUUAAAGGUGUUGGAGAUAGCAUGGCUUCUGUUAGGAGAAGUUCGUCAUAUCUGAUAGGAUACUUCUUCAAAAACAGCAAGUUAUAUUUGGUUGACGAAGCUCCAAACAUGAUAUCUACACUGAUUAUUUUGCUUAGCGAUACGGAUUCUGCAACCGUUAAAGUUGCCUGGGAAGCACUAUCAAGGGUUGUUGGCUCAAUUCCUAAGGAAGUACUUCCUUCAUAUAUAAAACUGGUGCGGGAUGCUGUUUCUACAUCCAGAGAUAAGGAACGUAGGAAAAAGAAGGGAGGACCAGUUGUCAUUCCUGGUUUCUGUCUUCCAAAAGCUCUUCAGCCAUUACUUCCCAUAUUUCUCCAAGGCUUAAUUAGCGGCUCUGCAGAAUUAAGAGAGCAGGCAGCAUUGGGCCUUGGGGAGCUUAUUGAAGUGACUAGUGAACAAUCACUGAAGGAGUUUGUCAUCCCAAUCACAGGGCCUCUCAUCCGGAUCAUAGGUGAUCGGUUCCCUUGGCAGGUGAAGAGUGCCAUUUUGUCUACUUUAAGCAUCAUAAUAAGAAAAGGUGGGGUGGCCCUGAAACCUUUUCUUCCCCAGCUUCAAACAACUUUUAUCAAGUGUUUACAAGAUAAUACAAGGACUGUCCGUACAAGUGCUGCUCUUGCACUUGGGAAGCUUAGUUCGCUCAGUACCAGGGUUGAUCCUCUAGUCAGUGACCUCCUGUCCAGUCUUCAGUCAUCAGAUGCUGGUGUGAGGGAGGCCAUCCUCAUGGCUUUGAAAGGUGUCUUGAAGCAUGCUGGGAAGAGUGUGAGCAUUGCUGUCAAAAUUCGUGUUUAUGGUCAAUUAAAUGAUCUGAUUGAUCAUGAUGAUGACCAAGUCCGAAUUUCAGCUGCUAGCAUAUUUGGUAUCACAUCACAGUAUAUGGAAACUGCUCAGCUUAUUGACCUUCUUCAUAAAGUCUCAAGUUUGGCCUCUUCUCCAAGCUGGGUUUCUAGGCAUGGCUCAGUGCUCACUAUCUCAUCCUUGCUAAGACACAAUCCUUCUUCUAUUAUUACUUAUGCGGAGUUCCCAUCUAUUGUAGACUGCAUUAAAGUCGGCUUGCAAGAUGAGAAGUUCCCUCUUCGUGAAACUUCAACCAAGGCAUUGGGAAGGCUUCUCCUUUAUCAAAUCCAAACCGAUCCUGCAAAAACUUCUGCAUAUGCAGAUGUCAUAUCAUCCAUAGUGUCAGCUUUACGUGAUGACUCCAGUGAAGUCAGGAGGAGGGCAUUAUCUGCAAUUAAAGCUGUUGCAAAAGCAAGUCCUACAUCCAUCAUGUCUCAUGUUUCUAUCGUCGGCCCUGCACUUGCUGAAUGUUUGAAGGAUGGUAGUACUCCAGUGAGGAUGGCGGCAGAGAGAUGUGCCCUGCACGCCUUCCAGUUAACGAAAGGUGCAGAAAAUGUUCAGGCUGCUCAAAAGUUUAUCACAGGCUUGGAGGCAAGACGACUUUCAAAGUUCCCUGAGCAUAGUGACGACAGUGAGGAUAGCGAAGAUGACUUGACAAGUAGCUGAAACGUUGGUUGCUGAUCCAUUUUUAUUUUUGAUUGUUCAAGAGAUUUAGUUAACAAUCUGUACCGACAUGAAGGUUUUGGCCAAUAGAUUUGCGGCAUUUUUGUCUGUAGUGAGUAUAUAGUAAUAUACACACGUAGCAAGAAACAGGUUUGACACCCAAAUUUUCUCAAUUGGGUUUAAUUUAAAGUUUCUAUAUAGAUGUUGAUGAGAGCUAUAAGAAGAUGAUGAGCACAAGGUAGCACUCAUUUUUUAAAACUUUCAGAAUUUGCAUUAGAAAAUAGGAAAAGUUAAGUGUUAUAGAGCUGUCCUGUUGUAAUUCAUGUUCAACUGUGCUUUAUAUAGCCAUUUGAUGAUCUUUAUGUUCUUUCCCUGCCCAAAUUAUUUUUUUUCCUCUUAUGUGCAGUAGUGUUGUUGAACAACUAGUUAGAAAUUGGGAAUAAUCAAUUAUUUGGUCAAAUCAUUGUCUCUAUUGUGCCAUAAAAUGAUGUAAUAUUACGUUAUUGAUUUUGAAAUUAUAUCCUAGUUGAUUGUGAACCGUC